UCUCCUACAAGUAAACGUGGUGCCAGAUUUAUUUCUCCAACGUGGCCACCUGUUAUGGCUGAAAGGAAUACAGAUACCUACACUGGGCAUGCGCAAUUCAAUGCCGCAUAAUUUUUGUCACGCUGACAACAGUUAAUUAUGUAUAUUUGUAUAAGGUUAGGUUUAGGGUUGAGGUAGGUGUAGACGUCAGCGAAUGCAAUUUAUUGUAAUUUUAUGGCGAGAUUUCGCAUCACUUCCGGCCGUAGCUGUAUCCCUUCUAGCCUCUGUGACCAGUGACAAUCCCACAAUACAGACUCAGAGGGGAUUUCCCGAAGAGGGAAAGCGCGUGGAUGUGUUUUGUGAAUUAAAUAUUAAAUAUUUACUUAUUGGCCAAAUAGUCCAUCUGUGUAAGGAGAAAGCUCUAAUCACGCGAACAGCUUGCUUGUUUUUUUCCGGGUUAACGUUACUUUUAUUUAUUAUUCCUCUAAAACCAAACAUGCAACAACAAUACAAAGUGGCUAUAUAACGUGGUAUCGCGUCGUAAUUUAGGCUAUUUUUAUUGUGGCGGAGGCGUCGUUCGUGUCGAUGUUUUCCUAUUGCGCAUGCUGUUCCCCCGGGAACGAAACUUGAAUGCCGCACGGCACCAAUUGACCGACCCUCUCUUUCUCAACCCCACGAAAAUGGAUAGAAAAGUCUUGACUGCAUUGAAAUAAUACGAAGUUUCCCCUGCUCUGUUCACCCGAUGGUCGUCGCGUUUGCAGUUACUCACUUCCUUUAAAGACUUUACUAUUUUAAUUAGAUUUAAGCCUCAAUAGCGACAGAUGCCGGAGCGUCAUUCAGGCGUCAUGGUGACAUCCAGUGCUGCAUCGUGUCCCUCCUGGCUUUCUACGACCGAUUCUAGCUCGCCAGUGGAUUAAACGUCGCCAUGGUUGCUUAAAAGAUGUUGAAAAGUUUUGUUUCCCGUCUGAUGUGACUUUUGCUGUGUUAUUGACGUGAACAUUUCUGGAAAUGCUCAAAUCACGCGAAGUUCUACUUGUAGGGGAAGGCAACUUCUCUUUCUCCGCAGCCUUGAGCGAGAACGCGGGCGACGAUGUCGGUGUCACCGCGACUUGUUAUCAAAACGAGGAGAACGCGAACAGACAAGAAAGCGCCGCAGUGAACAUACAGCGACUACGAGAGAGAGGAUCAACUGUUUUGUUUGAGGUGGAUUGCACGUGCCUGAAGGACCAUGAAGUCAUCAAGCAUCAUCUUUAUGACUGCAUUAUCUUCAAUUUCCCUCACAGUGGGCGUAAAAGUGGCGUAAAGAAGAAUCGCCUUCUGUUGGUGAGAUUUUUCCAAAGUGCUAUUGCAGUCCUGAAGGAAAAUGGGGAGGUGCAUGUCACCCUGUGCAACGGUCAAGGUGGUACUCCAUGUGACAGUCCAGUGAGAGAAUGGCACAAUAGUUGGCAGGUGGUUGCCAUGGCAGCAGAAGCUGGACUAAUUCAAAGUGAAAUCCGGCCUUUUGAAUAUGAUUUGCAUCAAGGUUACCAAUGUACAGGUUACAGGAGUCAAGACAAAGGUUUUCAUGUAGAAGGAGGUUUGACCCACAUCUUUACUCGAAGUCUCCCAUAUACCAUGCCAGAAAAACUAAAAAGCGAGAGAACAAUUGGCAAGGAAACGGUUUGUUUUGAGAUUCCAGCUGAGUUGUCCGAGUAUAUGAACCGAAAUUUCCUCAGUCAGCAGUCACAUCAUCCGGUAAGAACUGUCCAGGAACAAUUACUCCGAGAGCUGAAAUCAGUUUGGCCCGUAUGUACCAUAAUCAAGGAAUUCCCAGAACUGGUAACCUGCUGGCCAGAAAAGCUUCAGACUUAUGACCCCAAUCUGACCCAUUCGGAGAUCUACUGGAUUAAACCUACUGAUAUCUAUAUAUUCAACCAGAGCGCAAACGGACAAGAGGAGUCUAUGAAUGAUCAACAAAGCUUCACUGGCAGCUAUGCACUACGACCAUCUCUGCUUUUUCAUGCUCAGGAGAUUACCCAGAAUGAGGAAUUCAGCCCUGGAACACUUUACGCUGUCAGUGGUCUUGUCUUUCAGAGAGUACCCAUUUCCCCGAGCCGUUCUUCUGCCUUCCACCAACUUCUACUGGUUGGAAUGUUCCCUGUAGAAUCUCAACCUAUCAAGUGCUUCAAAGAUUCUUUAGAAUCGCUGCUCGCUUCUUAUGGCGUCUCCUUCGAGCUGGUGCAAACAGGCCCAGAACAGCAAGUUUGGAUGAAUUCAAAGAUGCUUCCAAAAUUUGGACGUAUCACAUCACUGCCCUCCUUGGCUUCGGACCGUGAAGGUCUACAGUUAAUAGUUGUCUCAAUAAACUUGGACCAUUUGGCUACUCUGUUCUUCGGCAUUUCUGACUGGCGCUUGCUUUGGAGUGCAGAUCCUCGUUUUCUUCAGCACUUUGAGCUCAAUCCACUUGGAAGUUUCUGUCCAUUCUCACUUUACCCACCAAGCUACAAACAUGACAUCAGUUUCUGGAUGGAUCCAGACAACUUUGAGGAGAUGAAUUUCCACACAGUUGUGCGAGAGGCUGCUUGCGGCGCUGUAAAGGAUGUGGUGUUAGUGGAUCGAUUCAGACACCCACACAUGGGUCAUGCAAGCCUCUGCUUCAGGCUAACAUAUCAGUCAUCGGAUCGUGCCCUGUCACACAGUCAGGUGUUUGGACUACAGUGUCAGUUGCGGAGACUGUUACCUCUGCGCCUGCAUGUAACUCUACGGUGAACUUAAGACAGAAUAUCAAAAAAACUAGUGAAAUGUCUUUUUGAUAAAUCAACAGUUAAAUGCUUGUUUUUAGUGAAUAAAAUGUGUGCAUUAUGUCAGUCUUUGAUAAUCAGAAUGUCAAAUUAUUUUAACUGUUGCUAUUGUGUUUGAAUUAUGCAUAGUCAUAUGUUUACAUAUUGCUAGUUAAAAUAUAUGGAAGUUAUUAUAUUGUUUUAAUAAAUAUGUAUGAUUACAAGA